CGGCCUGGCCGGAGCCCGACUACUUUUGGCCCUCGGCAGGCGCCGUCCACAGCGCUGGCUGAACCCUAAAGCCCUUCGCUUUGAGAGGACCUGACCCCUGACCCGGCCCUCCUUACAGAAGUUCACUCCUGCUAUGAUGUAGAGAAGGAUUUGGGGGAUUCCAUGAGUAGCAAGGAGACAAGUAGUUAAAGACUACUGCAGUAAUCCAGUGGGCCAAGGCCAUGUUAGUUUCCUGCCACCUACAGGAUUCACCAUGAAGCUGAAGGAACUUGAGCAGCCAGCUGUCCAAGUGUGGAGCCCAGCCAGCCAGUAUCCUGUGUAUCUGGCCACAGGAACAUCUGCCCAGCAGCUCGAUGCCUCCUUUAACACCCAUGGCACAUUGGAGAUCUUUGAGGUUGAUUUCAGGGACCCUUCUCUGCACUUGAAACACAAAGGAGUCCUUUCUUCUUCAAACAGGUUUCACAAGCUGAUCUGGGGGAGCUUUGGCAAUGGGCUUCUGGAAAGCUCUGGGGUUAUUGCAGGCGGCGGGGACAAUGGCAUGCUUACGCUAUACAAUGUGACCCACAUCCUGUCUUCGGGAAAGGAACCUGUGAUUGCCCAGAGACAGAAGCACACAGGGGCUGUCAGGGCUCUCGACUUUAACCCUUUCCAGGGCAACCUCCUAGCCUCAGGAGCUAGUGAUUCUGAAAUCUUCAUUUGGGAUUUGAAUAACCUGAGUGUUCCAAUGACCCCAGGAUCCAAGUCACAGCAGCCCUCAGAAGACAUCAAGGCACUUGCUUGGAACCGCCAAGUCCAGCACAUUCUAUCUUCUGCUCACCCCAGCGGCAAGGCAAUUGUAUGGGAUCUCAGGAAGAACGAGCCUAUCAUUAAAGUCAGUGAUCACAGCAGCAAGAUGAAUUGCUCCUGCCUUGCCUGGCACCCAGACAUAGCCACCCAAUUAGUGCUAUGCUCAGAAGAUGACCGACUCCCAGUGAUUCAGUUGUGGGAUUUGCGCUUUGCUUCUUCACCUCUGAAAGUGCUAGAGAACCACAGCAGAGGGAUCUUAUCAAUGUCAUGGAACCAAGCUGACUCCGAGCUGCUGCUUAGUAGUGCCAAGGACAGCCAGAUCUUCUGCUGGAACCUGGGGAGCAGUGAGGUGGUAUAUACACUACCCACAGACAGCAGCUGGUGCUUCGAUGUGCAGUGGUGUCCUCGGAACCCUCCAGCAUUCUCUGCUGCCUCCUUCGAUGGCUGGAUCAGUUUGUAUUCUGUGAUGGGGAGGAGCUGGGAAGUCCAGCACGUGGGACAGGCUGACAAGAUCUCCUCUUCUUUCGGCAAAGGACAGCCCCUUCCACCACUGCAGGUGCCAGAGCAAGUGGCUCAGGCAUCAUUGACACCUCCCCUAAAAAAGCCUCCCAAAUGGAUCAGAAGGCCAGCAGGUGUUUCAUUUGCUUUUGGGGGGAAGCUGGUUACCUUUGGUCUUCCCAGCACCCCUGUCCAGCAGGUGACACAGCCUUGCUCCCGCCUUGUCUUCCUGAGUCAAGUCACCACAGAAUCUGAAUUCCUGAUGAAGUCAGCUGAGCUGCAGGAGGCCUUGGGAUCCGGAAAUCUCUUGAAUUAUUGUAAGAACAAGAGUCAGCAAGCUUCACUGCCAAGUGAAAAGAUGCUCUGGGAGUUCCUGAAGGUGACCUUACAGCGUGACUCCAAAGUGAAAUUCCUAAAGCUGUUAGGAUACGAUAAAGAUGAGCUUCAGAAGAAGGUGGGCACGUGGCUGAAGAAUAAUGUAGGGUCAGGAGAGAGCCUUCAGCCUGAAGGAGAUUACCUCAACAGUACCAGACGACCUGCCUUCGGCAGUCAGGCCUCCAAACAUACCACAGAUGAAGUUUCUGCUUCUUCAGCCUUUUUUGAUGAGCUAGUCCCUCAGAGCAUGACUCCAUGGGAGAUCCCCAUCACAGAAGACACGGAUGGACUCUUAAGCCAGGCUCUGCUGCUUGGGGAACUGGGCCCUGCUGUGGAGCUGUGUCUGAAGGAGGAGCGCUUUGUUGAAGCUAUCAUACUGGCCCAGGCUGGGGGUACAGAUUUGCUGAAGCGGACACAGGAGCGCUACUUCACCAAGAGGAGAACCAAAAUCUCUCCGCUUCUCGCCUGUGUUGUGCAGAAGAAUUGGAAGGAUUUGGUAUGUGCCUGUAGUCUGAAGAACUGGAGAGAGGCAUUGGCCUUGCUACUGACAUACUCAGGGCAAGAGAAAUUUCCGGAGCUCUGUGACAUGCUGGGAACUCGCAUGGAGCAGGAGGGCAGCAGGGCACUAACCUCUGAGGCCAGACUCUGUUACGUGUGCUCAGGGAGUGUGGAGCGGCUGGUAGAGUGCUGUGUAAACUCCUCCCAGGCCACAUCCCCCAUGGCUCUGCAGGACCUGAUGGAGAAAGUGAUGGUCCUUAGAAGAAGCUUGGAGCUACUGCAGGGUCCUGGCAGGGAGGCCCCAGGCCCUACCACAACAUACAGGAUCACCCAGUAUGCCAACCUCCUUGCAGCUCAGGGCAGCCUAUCUACUGCUAUGAGCUUCCUACCCAGUGACUGUGCUCAGCCAUCAGUUCAACAGCUGAGAGAUCGGCUUUUUCAUGCUCAAGGUUCUGCUGUCUUGGGCCAACAGGCUCCUCCUUUCCCCUUCUCCCGGGUUGUUGUUGGAGUUAUCCCCCAUGCUAAAGAGACAUCUUAUAGACUGGGAUCCCAGCCUGCUUACCAGAUCUCAUCUUCCUCUCCAAGGCCAAGGGCCAUAACUCAGCCCUCACUAGUGAUGCCUUUGCCACCUUCCCAUCCUAGCCCUUUUCAGGGCUCCAUGACACAAACGAUUAGUUACUCCAGGGCUCCUGGGGCACCUGCACUCCAGGCAGCCCAGCCCUUGCCUUUACGCCCUGGGGUAAGGCCGGCUUUAUCUCAGCCACAGCUGAUAGGACAAAAGGCUCAAGUUCCAAACCCUAUGGGAUUGCCUGGAAUGUGGCCUCUUUCUAGUCUUCCUCCACCCAUGGAAUCCUCAGAGGUCAUGCAGCGUGACUCUACCUUCCUACAUGAACCUCCUAGAUUACUUCCUCUACCUCGUAUGGGACCACCAGGUCCCAGCCCUCUGAGUUCCCAGGCCCCAGCCCUUUCUCCUCAUUUCCCAAUGACUUAUCCUCCUGGAGGGCCAGAUGCUCCACCCUCUAGUACCCUCCCAAAUGCUGGCAUCUGGACUCCUUGUCCAGGACCUCAAGAUUCCCGGCAGGUUGCUCCAGGCCCCAGGGGAAACCUCCAGAGGAGAACGCUGCCAGAGACAUUUAUGCCUCUGGCACCUAUUACUGCUCCAGUUAUGAGCAUUGGCCAUGAGCCAAAACAGCCUGCUGUCUCCAGUGUAAGUCAUGCUCCCCCUGGAGCUCCAGGAGAACGUAACCUACAGCAACUUCAACAGCAGCCUUCUAAAGAGAUGGAAAGGAAGGAGCUGCCUCCAGAGCAUCAGUCCUUGAAGGUCAGCUUUGAGGCACUUCUCCAGCGCUGUUCCCUAUCUGCAACUGACUUAAAGACAAAAAGGAAGUUGGAGGAGGCAGCCCAACGUCUAGAGUAUCUCUAUGAGAAGCUCUGUGAGGGGACACUCUCAGCCCCUGUCCUGGCUGGGCUCCAUGAAGUUGCCCGAUGUGUGGAUGCAGGAAAUUUUGCACAGGGCCUUGCAGUGCAUGCCCAUGUGGUGAGCUGCAGUAGCUUCAGCGAGGUGUCCAGCUUCAUGCCUGUCCUGAAGGCCGUCCUCACCAUCGCGCAGAAGCUGCAGGGCUAAGCCAGGCAGCCUCUCCUCCCAGGAUGCCACUGCUGCCAUUGCUUCACUCCUCCUUGCAGAAAAGGGGAAUUUUGCAACAGAUUGUAUUUGUUUCUCCAAUUCCCUCGUCCCUAGCUGCCAGGUAUGUGAUGUGGUGGACUCCAAACCAGCUGAGUGCCUGAACUUACCCCUUUUAUGCCUUGCAACAUUGGGCUCUAUGCACCCUGGUAGGCAGGGUGUAGAGCCAGGUCCUACUUCCCUUCAUGCAAUCCAGUGACCAGACCUGCACUACCAUGUCUUCUCCCCAAGAAACAAUUCUGUUCUAGAAGCUUCAGGGAGGACGAACAGGGUUAUGGUCAUGUCUACCUCUUCUGUGACCCACUUUGUGGGUUUCCUGUUUUUCCUUUCUGGGGCUUAUACUCCUGGUCUUUAUCUUCUCACACCUCUGACUACAUAUUUCCAGGUCUAUAUUCAUCCAUAGCCCCAAGGACUGAGAGUAAGCUGGCUGUUCAGCCUUUGAGCAAGUCAUGGAGGGUUGGGUGCUUAGCAGAACCAACAGAGAAAAUUGGCCUGUUUGAAGUAGAACUUUUCUGUGUCUGCUUUACUCAGGUUGGGCUAGGCUAGAGAACAGAUAGAAGGGGUGCAUUGCCUUUUGCUGGGAACUGUCUUGAACUACGAGAUAAAAACAGGGGGACCACAGUCUUCACGGAACUGCCCCUGAUUCCACCUAGGUUUGAGCCCAGCCCAAGGCCUCAGGCUCUCCAUUCUGUGAUUUUUUUUUUUUUAAUUCCCAUCCUGGAAUAAUUUCUCCUUCUCAGCUAUCACCCAUCUCAGGGCUGCCUUCUCUGGUUGCAUUUCAUGGCUCAACUCUGCCUUUGAUAUAUGGAUGUACUUAAUACUGCAAUAAAGCUGCUUUGAUUUGU